UUUAUUUUCGGUCGGAGACAUCCUGCACUUGAUUACUACAUAACGAUUAAUUACUCUCGGUCCACACAACACCGCGAACAGCUUCUCCGACGGUUCGCCGGACGGUCGAUUGAGGACCUCUUCUCACGUCCAGGCCUCGGUCACGCGGUCAGCGGAAAAGGGAUUGUCAAACGUAUCGUUGGAUUGGACUUUCUCGGUUUUGCUUUGAUAUCCAGUCAGAGUGCUCCAAGUACUCACAGCUUGUUCGAUUCUCCUUCACUGACUUUGAUCAUCGCUGCCGACGCAUCCAAGACUCUCUCUGGUUAGUUGAACAAUCAAUUGUGACCGACAAUCGCUCCUCGCUAAGAGCGGGGCUGCUAUGGCUAGAGUUUUAGAGAAAUUCUUACUGGCAUCAAUGCUUAUGUGGAUAAUUCCAGUUGCAGUUUUAUAUGGUUUUAACCAUAAUGUCUUUCCAGGUUCAAGCGAUUUAUCUCCUCAUUCUCUGACGCUGUGGAGUGGAUUGCUUGCUGUUAUAUCAGUCAAUGCUGUGAUUGGAUUCUAUAUAUACUUGGCAAUGAAGGAGCCCUCAGAUAAGCAUGAACCAGAUCCUGCAUUUCUUGCACAGGCGAGAGCUAGCGUCCAAAAGCCUAUAGAGUCGACUGAAGGUCCCUCUCAACCACGUGAGAAAGACGAGUAGAAUUAUUCAAAGGCUCAUGUUUCUCUACUUGCUAUUUAGAUGCCUCCUGGUUAGCACGAUAAAUUCAUACCCAAAUGAAGGCCAAGAAUGGAGUUCUUCUAGCAUACUGAUGGUCUAGCAAAAACCCUUUCGAAUGGUUGUUGGUUUUGUUUUUGUAAGAAAUCUGCCUUUUCAAACAAUCUAUUUCUUGUUUAAUUGUGCAGGAGCACUAGGUGUUUCUAGUGGCCGUGUUAGGGAUCAUACCCUCUUAACAACAAUUUUGUACUUGCUUGUACCCAGUUGAAACAUGGCAGAUUGAAUCCAAAUCGUUGCUCUA